CCCCCAUGUCCACAACUUUCUGCCGAGUCAUCUGGACACACACACACACACGCACACACACACACACACACUCCUCCACUCAGAGACUGCUUCUCCAGGUCCGCCUUUUACCCUCACCCUCUGCCCGGACAAAUCUAGGAUGUCAGACUCGGCGAAAGAAGAAUCAGUAAACGCAGAUGACCCCCACAGGUCUGAAAAGAUCCACGUUGUCCUCAGAAGUGUCUCGGAGAGCAGAGUGUUCACCGUCAGAGGAGACUGCACCAUCAGACAGCUGAAACUGUGUCUGUCAGAGCGGCUGCGGUCCCCAGCAGAGCAGCUGGUGCUGACCCACUCCGGACGGGUACUCAGAGAGUCAGAACUCAUGAGUCACCUUAAAGAACAGAAAGGAUCUGUCAGCCUCUGCAUGAUCCGAAGGCCUGAGCCUUCAUCUGGUCAGACUCCCAGUGAUCCAGCGUCAGAACCCGUCCAGUCAGAGCUAACAGCUGUUCCUGACCCUGACCCCAAACAAACACCGACUCCUACUUCUCCGCUCUACCUGGUCGCGGGUCUGGACAGUCUAGGCUUGGAAAACAGCCAAUCCAGCUUUUUCACUGCCCUCCCGAGCCAAAUGGAGAGCCAGUUACUGAGUGAUCCAGAGAGGAUGCACUGUGUCCUGGCUAGCCCACUAGUGCAGAACACCCUUUGCACCUCCAGACCUCAAUUAACAAGACAGCUCAUUCUGUCUAAUCCUCAAAUUCAACAGCUUCCUAAAACAAACCCUGAAGUGGAGGACAACUCUGAUGUCAAAAAGCAGGUUCUGGAGCUCACCAGGGAGCCCAAAAUGAUAGAAAAAGCGAUGCAAAACGGAAGUAGAGCUUUGGGGAACUUGAUCAUGGUGCAGGAUAACCCUGAAAACAAUCCUACUCUGGAUGUCCUUCAAGCAACAGAUGAGCAGCAACAUCUUCCUAAACAAUCCCAGAAAUCAACAUUUCCAUUAGUGACAACAUCAUGUGAAAGUCAUCGUGGACCAGGAGCACCAACCAGCCCAACAUCACCUCUCUCCAGUGACUCCACAGAUCCCCUCAGAGAAGCUGGUGCCACUCCCAGAGCUGGUUCAAGCUUUCAGAGCCCUCUUACAGCAGGUAUGCAGUCGCUCCUGGAGGAGAUCACAGCCAGUCCAGGUCUGAUGGAGAGUCUGGUGUCUGGGCCGUACAUCAACAGUCUUCUGAACUGCCUCAGCCAGAACCCUGACUUUGCAGCACAGAUGCUGCUGAGCCAUCCUUUGUUCUCAGGAAAUGUUCAGCUGCAGGAGCAGAUGACGCAGCAGAUUCCUCUCUUUCUGCAACAGAUGCAGAGUCCAGAGCUGCUGUCCAUGAUGCUGAACCCUCGAGCCAUGGAGGCUUUGCUACAGAUCCAACAUGGCCUGCAGACACUGUCUGUGGAGGCUCCCCUCCUUAUGCCUGUUGCUGGACUUGGAACCAGUGGCAGUACUGGUCAUAAUGGUGCUCCUGUUCACCCAUCUGAUCCUGACCUGAACAACCAGUCUGGGUGCAGUCCUCAGGAUGCCCCACUGACAAAACAACAGCAGCAGCAGCAGCAACAGUUUGUGCAUCAGAUGCUGAAGGCACUAGCUGACACCAACAAUGGGGUUCGUCAUGAGGAAGAGGAGGACUUCCAGGAGGAGCUACAGCAGCUGAGCUCAAUGGGCUUCAGAGACAGACAGGCAAACCUUCAGGCCCUCAUCAGCACAGGAGGAGACCUGUUCUCUGCUCUACAUCUGCUCAGUCUUUGACAGGACAGCAAUACACGAAUUAUCAGUUAUUAAGAAGUGAGUUAAAAAAACAGAUGUAAGUGCGAGCCAUAUUUAUACACACAAGACUUACUUGUACAUGUAUCUGCCAACACAACCAAGCAACAAUAUAGAUGUAGGUAAAUGUUAUAGGCAUUGAUUAAACAAUAAUCACUGGAGAAAAUAUUUUGGAGUCAUUUAAAAAAUACCUGUAGUUAAUUAAUGGCAGGGAUCUACAACACAGUUAUUUAGCAGAAAAAUAGAGUUUUAAUUUGAUUUUAGUGGAGAAAAAAGACACUUUCAGUCUGCCUGCUCUGGUAUCUAAAUUCAUCUAUCUAAAUUCACUCUACAUGAUGUAGAUUCAUAGCAUCUGCAUCAAUAUUCAAAAGCAGGUAAUGCAUUAUGAAUGUCUACCAUACUGUGAAGCUUCUUUUUAUGUUACCACCUGGUCACCAUCUAACACCCGGGCAGAUGUCCAAUAAGUGCACACAUGGUUCACACUCAUGCUCUAAGGCAGCAGACUGAACCUGGAGCACAGUAAUGUUGUAAUGCAUGUCGCCACACUCCCAGGAUGCUCCUGUGUGUCCAUCACAGACUGUAAAGCAGGGAUUUGAUUGCAAUUAAGAAAAAUAAAUGACCAUUGUUUUACUCACAAAAUAAACAAAAAAGUGUAUUCUGAGGAAGAGGUUAGGACACCCUACACCUGUAAUAGAUAGUCUUACCCCCUUUAGCUGAAAUAAAUUCACUGAAGUGCUUCUUAUAACAUUUUUCAGUCUCUGGCUUUAGUCAGACAAUAGUUUGCUCCACUCCUCACUCUCAGCUGUUGGAUGUUUGAGGGGUUUCUUGCAUGGACCGCCUGUUUCAAGUCACUCCAAAGAGUGACAUAAAGAUUUGGGCUUUGACUCGACUCAGGACUUUCCAUUUCUUAAUGCUCAGCCAGUCCUUGGUGGAUUUACUUGUAUGAUUUGGAUCAUUGUCAUGCUGGAGGAUCCAUUUCUGCUUCAGCUUGAUUUUUUUAAUUUAUUAGGUCAUUGUGUUUGUCUCAGUUCUCUGUGGCAAACUUUAGGUUUGCUUUCAUGUUUUUAUUCUUAUCUUAUCCUACGUGCACAUUUCUUGUUAAAAGUUUAACAGCAUGCACUUUCACAUCAACAGUAGCAACAGCCAACCAUAGGUCCCAUGAUUACAAUUUAAGGUUUUUGGAGCUUCCUUUUAGCACCUUGUGCUUAGUUCUCAGGGUGAACUUGUUUGGAUGGCCAGUCCUGGACUUGUAAUGUAAUGUAUUUGUAAUGUCCUGCACUUGUAGACUAUUUUGUGCACACUGAAAUGGCUGAUUUCACAUUUUUAUGACACGUCUUCAGAUCCCUUAGCUGACCCACAAGAUGCUGCAAUCUUCUUCCUGAAAAUGUUGAGAAAUGAUGUCUUAUCAUCAGCACCUGAUGUGAUACCUGUGUAUGGUUUUAGCCACUUUAAGUGGGAAUAAAUAUUAGGGUGUCUUAAUUUAUUCAUCACAAGAAAUUUAAUUUUUAAUUAAAUUUUAUAAUAUACCUUUUUUUUCUAUUUUUAUUAUUUAAUUUAUAUUUUUCUCAGUGUUUUAGUGUUGUUAAAAUUAAUAAUAAAUGUCCACAAAAGUAAUGGAAUGCUGCAACAUUGUUCAUGAGAUUAGUCUAUCAACAAAAGAAGUCCAACUUAAUUUUCAUAUUUAAAAAAGUAAUCAAAUCACAUUUACUAAUUAAAUAUGUAACUCAGUGAAUGAGCUUAGGUAUAUAAGAUAGAAAAUGUAAUUAGAUACUUCUUUUUCUGUGUCUUACUGUUUGGCGGUGAAUAGAUGACAAACUCUUUUAUAUUAUAUUUUUCUUGGACAUGUUUUUUUAUUGAGAAAAGGGGGUGACCAUAUAUGAAAUUAUCUUUUUGUUUUACCCCUUUUUAUUCAUUGUUUUGUUUUUUUUAUACAUACAUAACAUGAAAAAUUCAUUUUAUUUCUGAAUGAAUGAAAUAAAUAAAUCCAUGUCCAAUUAUGGUAGAAAAACACAGGCUUUCCUAGUGUAUCCUAACAUUUUCACAUAACUGUAUAUCUAUCAGAUAAUCCUAAAUGUAAAGUUCCAAAUAAACAUGCUUUAAUUUGUUAAUUUUCCUUGCAAGACAAAGAAAAAAAUCCUGACGUGCUAAAUUAUUCUUCUUAAAACAGCUACCUGCUGAUAUAUUCUUUAGAGACUUCGUGUUAAAGUCAGUAGUAGUGAACUGUACUGAUUUUAUUUCUUAAAACAAGCUUAUAGCUUACCAGCUUUAUUUUUUUAUCCCUAUUGCUGCCAUGUCAGUUUAAUAAAAACGGAAUUUCCAACAUUUUGUUAUUGGUGUAUUUGGUUCAGUAGCUAAUAUUAUCUAACUGGUUAAUGGGGUUCUUUAAAUUAUUUUGAAAAAGAGAAAUUCAUGUUUUUUGUGUGUGUUAAUAAAAUGUUGGGAAAGUCACCCAGAAACGGGCGUGGGGUUGCUGUGUGGCUUUAUUUCAGGUGUUUACAUUUUCGCAGCGUACCUUUAUGUCUGGCUUUCUAUGAAGCUCCAGAAAAUGAUCUAUUUUUGGUAAGUUUGUUAAUUCUUAACUGAAACGCUGAAAUGAGAUGUGGAAAAAUCGUGAAUCUUUUAUGAUUGAUUCUAAACAGACGUCAUAUGAAGCAUUUCUUUCUAGCUUUGUACUAAACAGCUUUGAACACUAGGGGGCAGUAUUGUUUGCCUUUUUGGUUGAUUUUUUUUGGCCUGGGAUUUCAACAGCACUGUAGAUUAAUUAAUAUCUUCACAUCAUUUAUCUACAGUGGUUGACUCUGAACCGCUUGAAGUGUAAGGCUGAUGAUUUCUAUGACCUACAAAGAGACAUUUUUAACCACCUUUGGAAGCAAACUAAUUCCUGUACCAUAAAAGGUAAAUGUUGCCUAAAGUGCAUCUCAUAUAUGCAAAAGUCAAGCUGAGAUCUUAACAAACAAGACACGUUCUCUACACGUUAAACAAGUUCUCCACUUGACAGCCUGCCCGCGUUUGUCUAUGGCUGGCAGGCUAUGAGGGUUUAAUCUCCAGUCGUAUGAGUGGGAGAGAUAUGGGAGUAGCUGGGGGGGGGUUCUGGAUUAGAAGCUCCAAAAAUAUUCAGGUUGAAGUUUGAAGAUGAGUCACAGCACAGAAACAGCUCUUCGGUAUGGAGUGGAGCUCUCUCUCUCUCUCUGAGGGUGACUUUUGAAGAUGCCAAGAGACCUGACAAAUAAAAUGGCAAAGUUUCAACCCGAUCUGACCUGCAAGAUAGCAAGAGAAGUUAAACCUAACUUUCACCUGUAUGCUCAUUUUGAAUAAUUUUGCUAUCCACCUUUAAAAUUGUUUGGUGCUUUUUGAUGUCGCCGCAUAAAAGACACAAAGACAG